AUGAGAAACCAGCUCAUGGACCUGAUCCGGGAGACCCGCGCACCGGAGCCUAAGAGGAAAGAAACCGUCGCCUCACGCUGGGACCAAUUGCUGGGGAAUGCUCGAACCCAGAACAACGCGGCGCAGCGGUCAUCACCGGAAAACAGCGCCACGACCUCGACCUCGACGCUCCUGUCCGACCUGCACGAAGACAUCUACUCGUCGUCUCUGCCACCCAUCACGCUGCGCCUGCGCCCCACGCUGGGCCGCACCGUGGACGGCAUCUACGGCGACCCGACGCGCGGCUUUCGCCUGCUCGAGCGCAAAUGCCACGAGAACAACGUCAAGUCUGACAUGAGGAGCCAGGAGAAGCACGUCCGCAGGGGCCAGCGGAGGAAGAACGUUCGCAUUCUGCGGUGGCGCAAGCUGUUCAUGGAAGGGUUCCGGAGCGAGUUGGGCACGAUCCGAAAGAUGAGAAAGCAGGGAUGGUAA